UGCGCCAUUGAACAAUAGAGUGAAGAAGCUUCCAUGUGCGCGCGUGCCCAUCUCCACUCCCCCUUUUUUCUCUCGCCUUCAGCGGCCGCUGGUUUUUUUUAUUUUAAUUUUAGAGGGGGGGCGGUGCCUCCGCGAGAAUCUCCAGGAGCAGAUUGUGGCGGGGGAAAGGAGAGAAAGAGGACACCGAUUUCUUCCUUUCUUCCUCGCUCCCGCCCAUUCUCUCUCUCUUUCUAUCUAUCUAUCUAUCUCUCCCCCCCCCGCCCCCGAAGUCUCCGCCUUGCCAUCAGCAAAGACCAAGGGCAUGCUCAGUAGGAGCCAGCAUCGGCUUCGGGAGCAGGCUGCGACUCUACACCACCCCCUGCCUCUCUUUCUUGCGUCAGAUUAAUGUUCCGGGGAGGGACGGCGUGCGUCGGGGGGGGGGCGGUUUGAGAAGGAACCACGCGCGCUUUGCCCGGGGGAGGAGCGGAAGGGCCGCCGGGGGCGGAGGAGCGGCUUAGAACGCUGAGCUGGCCCGGUGGAACGUCGGGGCUUCUCUUUUGGAACGCUCGCACACACUUUGGAACGCUCGCGCUCUCCCGCGGCGCGGAGGCGAGGCCCGGCCGGGCUCUCCGAGGAGCAGCAGCAGCGGCUCCAGGGAACCGGGCGCUGUUGUUUGGAGUCUCGCUGGCGGGGGCCUGCGGGGUUUCGGUGAGCGAAUCAGCUCGGUGCCCGCCGUUCGAUGGUUUGUCCCGACCGAGAUGAGCCGCCCGUCCUCCGCCGGACCCAGCGCUAGCAAACCCUGCGGCAAGCAGCAGCAGCAGCAGCACACCCCGUCGCCGGCUGCUGCCCCUGCCGCUGCCGCCAACGCCGCCGUCGCCACCAUCUCCGCCGCCGGGGCCGGUUCCUCCGCGGUCUCCGCCGCGGCCGCUGUGAUCUCGAGCCCUGGAGGAGGCGAAGGCAGCGGCGGGCCGGUCUCGCCUCAGCACCACGAGCUGACCUCGCUUUUCGAGUGCCCGGUUUGCUUCGACUAUGUGCUGCCCCCGAUCCUGCAGUGCCAGGCCGGGCACCUGGUGUGCAACCAAUGCCGGCAGAAGCUGAGCUGCUGCCCCACGUGCCGGGGAUCCUUGACCCCCAGCAUCAGGAACCUGGCCAUGGAAAAAGUGGCCUCGGCCGUCCUUUUCCCUUGCAAGUACGCCACGACAGGCUGCUCCCUGACACUCCACCAUACAGAAAAACCGGAGCAUGAAGACAUUUGCGAAUACCGCCCUUACUCCUGCCCGUGCCCCGGCGCCUCGUGCAAGUGGCAGGGCUCGCUGGAAGCCGUCAUGUCGCACCUCAUGCACGCCCACAAGAGCAUCACCACCCUACAAGGGGAGGACAUCGUCUUCCUCGCCACGGACAUUAACUUGCCGGGGGCCGUGGACUGGGUGAUGAUGCAGUCCUGCUUUGGCCACCACUUCAUGCUGGUUCUGGAGAAGCAGGAGAAGUACGAGGGCCACCAGCAGUUCUUCGCCAUCGUCUUGCUCAUCGGCACCCGCAAACAGGCAGAGAACUUUGCGUACAGACUCGAACUGAACGGCAACCGGCGGAGGCUGACUUGGGAGGCGACCCCUCGCUCCAUCCACGACGGGGUGGCGGCGGCCAUUAUGAACUGCGACUGCCUUGUUUUCGACACUGCCAUAGCACACCUUUUUGCAGACAAUGGGAACCUUGGGAUCAAUGUGACUAUUUCUACGUGUUGUCCGUGAUAUUUCUAUGUAAUUAUUGAGACCAUGUUGUUGUCUUUCGUUUCACUGACUGUUUUUAUUUUUAUGGUGUUCCACUGUAGCCCUCUUCAGGUGUUCCCUCACACCCUAUUAACAGUCGCAUGAGGGGAGAACAGGGCCCCAGCUCCCUGGCACACACGUACUCCGGUCAUCGCGGCACCACCAUCCACAUGUUACGGAGGAGGACGUUCGUGCCAGGGAGGCAACUCCACGUGCGCAGGCUCCCCGAUGAUGUGGGACCUGUGUAAUUGUUAAUCAUGUGAGCGGGGGAUGCCCGAAGGGGACUUUAGGGUUCUUUCUUAACCGGCCGUUUUCUAUCCUCAUUCUCUCCUUCGCUGCCGCCACCACCUGCCUGUACCACAGAGUUUUUUAAAGCACAGUUAACAGGACAGUUAAGAUGAUUUUAUCCUGUUAAUCUGAAAGGAAGGGAGGAGAUUUGUUUUUUAAAGAAAUAGCAUUAUUUAAGGUUUUAAAAGGUGAAGGCGAAUCCCUUUUCUUGACAAGCAAAACCUGGAAUCGGAAGAGAAGCAGCGAAAUGGACUUAAAGAGGCAGUUUGCACAUGCAGAAUGUGGGAGGUGGACUCCUUAGGUGUUCGAGUGCAUUGUACUCCUUCAGACGGCAAGAGGGGCACUUAUAAACAACAACAGCAACCCUUAUAACGUCCUGUUCUAGCACAGCAUCUCCCUGUUAUAGUAGUGUUCUCAUUUGCCAGGACUUUUUAAUGUCUGAGUGUGGGACCUUUUAGAAACGUGGUUUAUCACCUGCAACCUGAAAUGUUACCAACUCAUUCUGCUGCAUUUGUGUGUGUAGCCGCACGAAUCUGCUUCUCUUGAUGAUCUCAGUGAUUGGCCUUGUAACAGAACAAAAGAGAGAGAAAUUGGAAGUAUGGUAGUAUCACUUCUUAGCGAUGCAGGAAGUUGCUGAAGCCUUAGCGGUUAGGCAACAUGUCUCAGGCGUGUUCUUUUGCAGUUUCACACACUGAACAGGGGUUACCACUGUCAUCUGAUUGGUCUUGCUGUUUUGUCCUUUUUCUUCCCAACAGUUUGUUCCCCCUGCCCUCCAAAAAAGAAAAGAAAAAAGAGUUUCCAUACACCUGCAAAAUGUUUGACCCUCUUCAUCCAUCCAGUUCAGCAAGAGCUGAAGAGGCUCAACAUUUUGUGGAAGCUGCUAACUUAACGUGGUGGCAAAAAACAAGAUGUGUUUUGAGCAGUUUUAAAAAUAGGUCCCACCUAUAAAUAUACCCAGGAUGUUUGGCGUACUUGACGUUAACAUUGUAAAAGCUAUUUUCAAAUAACACAAGGAAAAGC